CCGGAGGGCUUUGGGCUUUUUGUGGUUGUGACUAGCGAUGGCGGACACGUAUACAACAGGACAAGAGAGAACAGCAGAGCAGAGAACGUAGAAGAGAACUGCCAGCCCAGCCCAGCCCAGCCCCCCCUCCUCCUUUAGGCAAGGGGGAGGAGAGGAUAAGAGAACGCCACCACCACCAACACGUCGCCUGGCCGUCGCCCGUCGUCUAGGCACUUAGUCGACUUCCAUAGCUCUCCUCCGUCUGCCGCGUCCCUCCGUCCGUCCGUCGCAGUUUUUUUGGUUUUUCCGUUCAGUUAUCACGUCGCCCAAUUCGUCCAGUUGCGUUGGCCGUUGGCGGAUGAUGGUGUCCACUCUGCGAACGCCGUGCGCGGCCGAUCAGUUGCUCAUCGAAGAAGUGCGCCAGCACGAAGUCCUCUACGCCUGCCCGACAAAGUCCAACAAAGACAACCAGCUGCGUGACACGGCCUGGCAAGAAAUCGCCGAUGCUGUCGGCAAAUCUGUUGAAGAAGCCAAGGAGCGAUGGAGAUACAUGAGAGAUAAGUACGUCAAGGAGCUGGGUAGAAACGACAAGUACCGCGCCACCAAUGGCGGAUCCGUCGCCGAACCGCCCGACGCCACUUCCUUCGUCGGACUCAUGUCCUUCCUCAAUCCCUUCAUCAAGCGAAAAUCAUCAAACGGCAAUCGGACGUCCAGCAGCAAUGAAAACCAUUUCGAAAUGUGCAUUAACCCGCACGACAUGGAAGGCGAGUUCCAGUCGGACGACGAGCGAAAUAAUUCCGAUGGGGGCAACAUGGAGUUUGUCAGCGUAUCCGACGACGGGCAUCACCUGUCCAAUGGCAACGGGCGGUCCAUGGUGGCCAUCAAGAAGGAGCUGGUGGCCAGAGGGGCGGCCCUGUCGCGGAGGCAGCAACAACAGCUGAGACGUGAACAGCAAAACAACAACAACAAUGGUGACAGGGAGAUUUGCGCUCUGCCCAUCGAGGCCACGGUCGAGUCGGUCGAUGUCUCCAGUCACUACCAGCCGCCCUCCAAGCGCCAGCGGAUCCAGCCGGCAGUCCAUCAUCCAGAGGACACCACCAGUCUCUUUUGCGCUUCCAUCGCCGGAAUGCUGGCCGAACUGCAACCCUACCACCGCGAGCGCAUCAAGCGCGACAUUUACAAUCUCGUCUCCGACGCUCUACUCACCGAACUUUCCAACUGAAAAAUAAUAACAAAAAGAGAAAAACACAUUCGCCUCCAUCACCGAGCAGUUGUAUCCCAUGACAAUGUCUGUAAAUAAAUAUUAAAGUUUCUUUCUUUC